GAAAGGAAGAUGGGUCGCAUAAUAUAGAUAUUUAUUGCAUCCGCUAAAUUGUAAUAAUGGCUUGUAUCUUCGUUGUGCUACCCGUCCGCUUGUUGGCUUCAAACGUGUUAAUGGUACUUUUUUUUCAGGGAAGGUUAGCAAGAUGAAGGUGACUGCCGUAGGUCCACAAAUGCGUGCGUUCAACAGCCGUGUACGUCAGUUUUCUGCUCAGGCACACUUUACUCGCCCUACCGUUGUCUUUGUGAAAGAGGCAGCAGUGCGCCAGAAUUCUCUAUUAGGACCCGCAGACAAGCAAUUCCCUUUGCCAGGUGAUGUUUGCCACAAAGUUUUGCUGCAGGAUCAACCAGUCACAAAGCGUUCCGUUGCUCCAUCAGUGGCGGAUCAGAACGUUCACUCUGUAGAGGAAUUGCUUUCGAGCAAUCGCGUCGAGUCGGAUCCACAGUACCUCGCACAAAUACAAGAAUCUGUUCUUGAGGAGGCGCAGGCGAACGCUGGAGAUUGGCCCGUUGAAGUAAUUGUGCAAGAGUGUCCGCGGUUAUUGAAAAAAGAUAUGAAACAUCUAUUCCCUGGAAUGAAUUUUGACAAUGCAAAUGUCACUGUGAUGAACAUUACUCAAAAAACCGAAAAUGACAUGAAGGCCUGGAGCGACGAAAUGGAGCAGGAACGCCAUAUGCUUACCGCUUCGUUUAUCUCCUCUGCAUCUGCUAUCGCCACUACAUUACGCCGCUGUGGAUAUUGGGCCGACUUUAUUGACCCAUCAUCUGGCAGACCUUACUUAGGGAAAUUUACUAAUCACACUUUGUUCGAAACGGACGAUGCUUACAAAGAUAUGGGCUUCCAAAUCGAAGAUCUAGGAUGCUGCAAAGUGCUGCAGCAUAUCGCAUGGGGUACCCACGCAUUUGUUGGCACGCUGUUCACUGAUGCACCCGCAGACUGUCAGAUCGUUCAAGACAUUGUACGCAAAGUGAAUAACGACGACGUUGUAGUGCAAAAUCGCGAGUGAUUCACAGAUGUUGUAUAGCUUACUUUCCUCUUUUUUUUUCACACUCAGCCCUCAUUCUCAGUACUAUAGUUCUCUAGUGCAUCUAAUAUAUAUAAGUAUAUCGGUUUAUUUUUCCUUGAGAGUAUCUAGAACGA